AUGCAUAAUGUUAGAGGCACGCCACACAACACGGUGGUGAUGCGCUGCGGUGCAAUUCCGCGAACUCAGGUAACUACUGCCAUUACCUCAGCACAUUUUCAAGGCAUCUAUAACUCUGGAUGGGCGCUGGUAUGGCAGUGGCGUAACUACAGGGUGGCAAGUCGGCAAAAUGCCACGGGCCCCCAGCUGGAAGGGGCCCCCGAAAGUAUCAGAGUGGAAGCGAAAAAAGAAAGCGAAAGAAGGAGUCUGAAGAACAAAACAAAAAAAAAGUUACCUAAAAUAAGUCAGUACUUUAAGAAUGAAGAUAGUAUAGAAGAACAAUCAAAUGAACAGUGCGUCAGAAGGGCAGAAAAUGAUGUCGUCAUAAGUGGUAAUAUCGCAGAGCCCGAUAACAGUAAAUAUUUAGAUUCAGAGCAACCACAACCCGGUACGAGCAAAUCUUCAAACGAAUUAUUUUUAAAUAUAGAAAAAUUAAAAUCUUUACCGUACGUUACUGAUAAAGGUAACUUCAAAGAACUCAAUGAUCAAAUAAAACGGUUUGUGAUCGAAAACGGACCCUGUAAACCAAAAGGCUCCUUUUUAAGGGAUAGUAACAAAAGAUCUUUCUUGGAUAGAUAUUAUUACAGUAUUUCUAAAUCUGGCGUAAAGUUAGAACGUACGUGGCUGUGCUAUUCCCUAUUGCUGCAAAAAGCAUAUUGUGAACCAUGUUGGUUAUUCACAAGUAGGGCAUCUAAAAAUAUACAAAAUAUUUGGAUGGAAGGCUAUGAUGAUUGGAAACAUAUUGUGGAAGCCAUAGAAAGACAUGAGACAUCGAAAGAACAUUUGCAUUCAUGCUUUGUACAUCGACAGUGGCAAUUACAUGGAACACUAGAUGAAGAGCAAGAGUCCAUUAUCAAGAGAGAAAAAAAUUUUUGGCGCCAGGUACUCACUAGACUCCUUGAUGUUACUCUUACACUUUCAACUUGUAAUUUAGCUUUUCGUGGCCAUAGAGAACUGGUAUAUGCCCACGAUUCAGGUCCAAAAGGAAAUUUUUUGAGUAUUGUUGAGUUAUUAGCCAAAUACGAUCCUAUUUUACAAGAGUUGCUAAGCAAACCUAAGGGCCAGAUUAAAUACUUAAGUCCAAAAAUACAAAAUGAGCUCAUUGCUGUUCUGGUUCAAAAAGUGGAAAAUGCUCUGGUAAAUGAAAUAGUAACCGCACCAUUUUAUUCCAUUUUAUUUGAUACUACUCAAGAUAUUUCCAAAACAGAUCAAUUGUGUGAACUUUACCGUUACUGUAUAAUCGAGAAAGAUGAAAAUGGAACUCCAAAGACUCUUGUAAUUAAAGAGUCAUUUUUAGGAUUUCAUGAGGUUAAGGAUCAAACUGCCUUAGCAAUGUCCAAGCAGAUAAUAAAAUCCAUAAAUGACAAAAGUAUUUCUCUCAAUAAGUGCCGUGGACAAGGGUACGACGGAGCUAAUACCAUGAAAGGCACUUAUGGCGGAGUUCAAAAACUCAUAAGAGAUAUAGAGCCAAAUGCAGUUUAUGUCCAUUGUGCUGCUCAUAAUUUAAAUUUGGUGGUAAAUGAUGCAGUAAAAGAGGUCAUAGAAAUACAAACAUUAUUCGAAACUGUGCAACAAAUUUAUAAUUUUUUUGGCCAUAGUAUUAAACGAUGGAAUAUAUUAUCUAGUUUUAUAUCUGACAAUAAAGGAGAGACCCGGGUAUCAUCAAAUUCAGUAACAUUAAAAACAAUGAAUCCAACUAGAUGGGCAGGACGCUUCGAUGCCAUGUUUGCUUUAAAAGUUCGGUUUGUUGAUGUUCAAAAAGCGCUUACAAAAACUAUUUUAUUAAAUUCCAAAACAGAUGAGAGAAAUGAAGCUAUCUUGCUGAAGAAGAAGAUAGAAAACUACAAUUUUAUUAUGUUGUUAGUUUUCCAUUGCAAAGUCUUGCAAACUAUAGACGCGGCUUCUAAAGCACUUCAGUCUAAAGCCAUCGAUCUUUCAAAUGCUUCAAAGCGUUUACAAGUAUGUCUAGAACAACUUGAAAAGUAUCGAAAUGAAUUUGAAGAUUUAAAAAUGGAGGCAAAUAGUAUUGCAACGAAAUGGUCUAUAAACCCUGAAUUUCCUAAAACUCGUCAGAGAAAAGUGAAACGUCAUUUUGAUGAAAUUUGUGAGGAUGAACGUCUCCAAGAUCCUGAAAGCUUGUUUAAAGUAAACGUAUUCUAUCGUGUAUUAGACAUAAUCAUUAAUCAACUGAGAUCGCGUUUCCUUGGAAUGAAUGAAAUUGUUUCCAAUUUCAGUGUCUUGCAACCUGCCACUUUACAAAAUUUGAACGAUACUGAUUUGUUGGAGAAGGCUUUAGCAUUUGUCCAUCUAUAUAAAGAAGAUAUAUCCAUCUCGUUUUGCAAGGAAAUUCUCAGUUUUCGAUCCUCUUUUAGACACGAAAUAGAAACAUCAUCUUCUAUAAGAGAACUUGCUGACUUAUUAAUAAUAAAAAAUCAUUUUAUAUCUUCAAGCUUUCCUGAAGUGUCCACUGCAUUUCUAUUAUUUCUCACCAUUCCUGUGACUACGGCUAGUGCCGAGCGAUCGUUUUCAAAACUGAAAUUGAUAAAAACUUAUUUAAGAAAUUCUAUGGGACAAGACAGGUUAAGCAACUUAGCUAUUCUAUCCAUCGAAAAUUCUAUGGCCCGAAAUUUGAACUUUGAUGAUAUCAUUACCACUUUUGCUGAACAGAAAGUCCGAAGGAAGGAAUUUUAA